CAAGUACUCAUUUUCUCCUCAGUCAUCCUCUACCUUCAUCAGUAAUGAUAUCUUCAUAAACUUAUCUUACCUCCUAGUUGUGUAGCACUUCAGUGUUUUGAACUGUGCCAUGUUUAAUUUGCUCUCCUUAAGCAUCCUGUGAGGUAGGAAGGGUAGAUACUAUUCUCUUCACUUUUUCUAUAAGAAACCAGGUUAGUGAAAAUAAAUGUCUUUCCUGUGGUCCUACAGUGGAUAAGGAUCAGAGUCAAAACCAGAUACCCAACCCUUUCAAUAUCUAGUUCAAUGGUCUUUCCCUUUUAUCAAAUCACUGGUAAUAUGAUCACUGUGAACCAGUUUUCACUAAGAUCCUAUAGAGUAUGCAUGGUAAGCAGGCAGCCAGACAUUUGGGAGGAUUUCCAUUUAGCCUCAAGGUGUAACAAGUUGGCCUUCAGGGACUCUGUUCCCUUGGCCAGAUGGAGUCAACACUUUUGUUGCAGCUGUAGAGAGCCUUAAUAAAAUUCCUAAACAACAAGGGAGGUGCUGACUCCAUUGUACCAGGAAUGUCAGAGGUUAUUUCUCCAACUAUGAAUUUUGGGAACCUGUAUGUUAACAUUACACAAUGUGACAAGUUGGAUUCAGAAUGGGCUUUGAAAGAAGAAAGAUUCAAGCUGUGUGCAAAUUUUGGCUCUGCUACUCAUAGGUAUGAGACCUUGGGCAAGGUAUAUACUUAAAUUCUUCAAGGGAGCCUUGGCUUCCUGAUCUGUAAAAUGGGGUGGCAAAUACCUUCCUCACAAGUUCUUGGAGGAAAUAAAUAAGAAAAUGCAUAUGAAAAUUUCAAGCUUAGGGACUGGCCCAGUCCCCCUGGCUAAGUAAGUGGAUUUUUUUAAAAUGUGUUCUUUCCAUAUCAAAAGUCUGCAAAAUUUCUGAUUCUAAUGAUGUAAGGCUUUGAUACUGCCAACCUCCUUUUGUCUCCUUUAGUCACUGCAUUCUCAUUCAAUUAGCUAUCUUUCCUAAACAAGUGUGGAUCUGUGGAAUAGAAAAGCUCAAGCUGAGCUUGAUUCUGUUCCAUUAUAUUAGCCCCCAGGGCAAAUGAGAAUUCACGUACCUUCUAUCUGAAGCAAUUUGAAAUGGCAUUCUUCUCAUUUUCUCUUUUAUGAUGUUGGAAUUGCUUAUUUCUAUUUUAGUGUGAUCAAUUUAAAAAUAAUGAAGUGUUUUGGAGAUAGUUUUCUUUUGUAAAUCCAGCUCCUUCCAAAAUAUCACAUAGUCAUUAAUAUGCUUGUCUUAUAUCUGUUUUGUUUAUUUAAAAAUCAUAAACUUAUGGAGAAUAGCACUAUUUGAUAGGAGAUAAGAAGACUUUUCUGUCCUGUUUCCAGUCUGGGGAGAGAAUGGUGGCUUUUUAGUCUCCAGGCUCUGCCUUCCUGAUUUUCAGUCUACCAUACCACAUUGCCUUUCUGAAACUUAAGCGGGAAAUAACGUAAAGCAAUAACUUACAUGUUUCAUUAAGCAUUUCAGGUAAUUGGCCAACAUUUAUAAUAAUUUCACAUUAAGUUAUUACUCUUUUUUUAAUAAAUCCCUUACAUUUAUCUGUUAUAGUUCAUUUUUUUUAGCAGAUGUCUUUCAUAAUUUUAUCACACUUCUUUCAAGAAUCCUAAAAUGCAUGUGUUUGGUACUUAAUUAUGUAGUAGCAAUAUGUCAGAUACUACAUUACUAUUACUAAAUUGAAGAGACUGAGAAACAUUUUUUUCUGACCCACAAGAAAAAAUGAUACCCUUGAAGAUCAAAAAAAGUAGAAACAUCACUCACUAGAUUUAGAAACUAAGAAUAGGAGGAACAAACUUUUUUCUUUAGUAAUUUCAAAAAUAUAUGUUAAAUAUGCUUAAUACAAUAAAAUUAAAAAAUAAAGCAACUAUAUUCCGAUAAAAAUUAAUUUUAAAAAACAAAAAAUAUGCUUAAUAUUUGAAUAUUAUGAAAUAUGAUAGUGUGAGAUGAAAGACUGAUCACAAAUUAUUGUGUACUAGGACUGUGUAUUUCAGAGGAUUCACCACUUUUUUUUUAACAAUUCCUUUGAUAGGUGAUUAACUGUGGUUAAGACAUUAACUGAUCUUUAUUCUUAAAGCUCCUGAGGAUCAGAUCUGUACUGAGUGCAGGUAUGUCCACUGUACUCUCUGAAGAAAGAAGUCCCAACAUUUAUUCCUGCAACAAUAUUGUUUCAAAGCCUGAAAAGUCAGCUAAUAUACUGCAAAAAGAGAAGGGAAAGUUUGCUAAGCCAAACACUAUUCAAAGUAGUAAUCAAAUCUCUCUCACCUAAAGAGUUAGUUCGGAUUCACAUCCCUAAACCUUUGGACAGGAAUGAUGGGACAUUUUUGAUGCGAUAUAGGAUGUAUGAAACUGUCAGUGAAGGGCUGAAGAUAGAGGUCCUUUAUGGUGAUGAACAUGUCGCUCAGUCUCCUUAUAUUUUGAAAGGACCAGUGUACCAUGAGUACUGUGAGUGUCCAGAAGAGGAUCCUCAGGCCUGGCAGAAAACUCUGUCUUGUCCAGCCAAGGAGCCACAGAUUGCAAAAGAUUUUUCUUCUUUUCCCAGCAUCAAUCUCCAGCAGAUGCUAAACGAAGUUCCAAAAAGGUUUGGGGAUGAGAGGGGUGCUAUUGUUCAUUACACGAUUCUCAGUAACCUAAUCUACCGGAGAUCUUUAGGGAAAUACACAGACUUCAAAAUGUUCUCAGAUGAGAUUUUGCUGUCACUGGCAAGAAAGGUCCUUCUCCCAGAUUUAGAAUUUUAUGUUAAUCUUGGAGAUUGGCCUUUGGAGCAUCGAAAAGUCAAUGAAACCCCUGGCCCUUUACCUAUCAUUUCAUGGUGUGGCUCUCUGGAUUCACGAGAUGUUAUCCUUCCAACAUAUGACAUCACCCACUCCACACUUGAAGCUAUGAGGGGUGUUACAAAUGAUCUUCUCUCUAUUCAAGGAAAUACAGGACCUUCCUGGAUCAAUAAAACAGAGAAAGCUUUCUUUAGAGGUAGAGAUAGCCGAGAGGAGAGGCUCCAGUUGGUGCAGCUGUCCAAAGAUAAUCCACAGCUACUAGAUGCAGGAAUUACAGGAUAUUUCUUCUUCCAAGAAAAAGAAAAGGAGCUUGGAAAAGCUAAAUUGAUAGGUUUCUUUGACUUCUUUAAGUACAAGUAUCAAGUGAAUGUGGACGGGACUGUGGCUGCUUAUAGAUAUCCAUACCUCAUGCUUGGUGACAGUUUGGUUCUGAAGCAGGACUCACCAUAUUAUGAACAUUUUUAUAUGGCACUAAAGCCUUGGAAACAUUAUGUUCCAAUUAAAAGAAAUCUUAGUGAUCUACUAGAGAAAGUUGAAUGGGCCAAGGAAAAUGAUGAAGAAGCCAAGAAGAUUGCAAAAGAAGGGCAGUUGACUGCUAGAGAUCUGCUACAGCCCCACAGGCUUUACUGCUACUAUUACAGAGUACUACAGAAAUACGCUGAGCGCCAGACCAGCAAACCCGAAAUACGUGAUGGAAUGGAACUUGUUCCUCAGCCGGAUGACAGUGCAUCUAUCUGCCAGUGCCACAGGAAAAGGCCUUUAAGAGAAGAGCUUUAAGUCAGCCCAUAUUCACACUCCUGUAUAUGCCGGCAACAUCUUUCAUGGCAGCAUUCAGAUGGAAUCUAAGCUGUGAAGACUGUGAAGACAGCCUGGAAGACUGUAUGCAGGGGACUGCUUCUCUUGGUGGCUUCAUAUAAUGUGGAUGGAUAGAGCAAUAUUAGAGCAAGUAUUACCAAAUAUCUUAGGAUAUUAAUAUCUUUUGAGUAAACACUGCUAUUAUCAGCAUCAUAGUUUCUCUGAAAAGAAAACUUGGGGAUCAUAGUAGAUAGAGAGGAUUGCCAAAAUAUAAAUAACUCUGUAUGAAACUGUUCACAUUGUAUUUAUUGGUUUGUUUCUAUCCCUUGUUCACUUUCCCUCUUCCCUUUCCAAUGAUGAAGAAAAAAUAUUUUUGCAGGGCUUUUUUUACCCCCUCACUGCAUAACUUCUCCUCCUACAAGCUGCUUUUGGCAUUCAGUAAUAGCAGGUUUCCUCUUGGAAGGUCUGAUAUGAAUAAUGAAGGAAGAUGAGAAUGACUCUGUUAUUAAAGGUAGCUUGGAGACUAUGAAGGGAAGUUAUUUUAAAGCUCAUUCAUAUCUUUUUAACUAAGUUUUACCAAGGGCUGAGACAAAAUUAAGGAGAGGUAGUGCCUUAAGCUAGUUAAUUCCCAGUCUAUCUGAGUUGGACACCCAUCAAGGACAACACAGUUAUUAAAGUAGAUGACAGCAUCCUAUCGGUAUCUUCAUUAUCUAUAUAUUGAAUAGAUAAAUGAUAACUGUAGUCAGAUAGGGAUCUUUAAUUCUUUUUAAUCUUUAAAAGGGAUACUUGAAAAACCUCUGAAACAAGCUGCAGGAAGCCUGGUAUCUUGGGAUUCACUAAUAAACUAAUGACAAAA